GCAGCAUGACUGUAUAUGAUGGAGUUGUGAUGAACUAGGAAUAUCCAUGUACAACUUGCAAUAAUUGUAUAUUCUGGCUUAUGUUGUAAAAAAUGGGUAAACAAAAGAGAGGUAGACAGAAAUACCACAAUGCAGCAGUUAAACCCAAAAAUGUCACCAAAGAGGAGGGAAAGGCAGACCAGGAGGAAAUGGAAACCUCCUCUACUCCAAGUGUACCUGCUGUAACAGGUAACAUGUUUAAGAGUGUGAAAAUCAGCAUGGAGGAUUUGGCUCAGAAACUGCCCACUGACUGGGAUACAAAGAGUGCCAUUACUAGUACCUCACUUAAGGGGCUACAGCUGAAAAAGAAAGACAGGAAGAAACUUAGAAGAGAACUUCUAGUGCAAAAGCUGGAUGCAGUGGAGGCAGCAGAAAAAGCUGCCAAAGAGAAGAAGAGAAAACAGAGUGCCCCUGUGGUGGGGGACAUCGGUUUGCUGGGAGAGGCCCUCCCUACUCUGGACAUGCUCCUCAAAAGUGAUGAACACAAGAAAAAGGAAUGUAAUAAAGAAAAACCUCGCAGUAUUUUAAAAGAGAAAAAGCGACAAAAGCAGAUGUUAAAAGACAUGGAAUUAUUCCACCAAGUGUACAGUCAUCCAUCUUAUUCAAAGGAUCCAAGGGCCACAAUUCAUGAACAUUUACAAAACAAACUGAAACAGGAAAAUCAGAUGGAAUCUUAGCACCGGUGGCAGACUUACUUUGGAGAAAAAAGAAGAGAACCAUGUUUAUCUUGUAAAAUCAGCAAAAAAAAAAAAAGCAUUGUAUUCCAAACACAAGCUAAUCAAGGUUACCUUGUAAAUGUAUGGAAUCUAAACACAUACACGAUAAUUGUUAUUGUUUUUAAAACGAUUUAUUUUGUAAGAGAAUUAAUUUUUAUGGGUUUACCAUUUCUUCUCAGACUAUUAGUAUUGAAAUGAUCAUCAUCAUUUUCCAGGUGGAAUCAGUGUGUAUUGCACACUUGCUCUUUUAUAAAUUCUGUACCUAAUCAUUUAACCAGAAUAAUUAGUGAUGUCAUAAUUCCAAGUGUGACUGAUGUAUUUAAAACAAAAAUCUUGCUGUAAUUUGUGGCUUUACUUGAUUUUGUUCCUGAUAGGUUUUUACCUAUCAUGAGCUUCAAGAAUUCUACUUUAUUGUUCAUUGUUAAGGUACUUUGACUGGUUAAGGUUCUUUGUGAUAGACCUGUAACUUGCUCCUAUUUGUUAUUCAGAUCCUUUUGAUUUAUAAUGACAAAAGUAAAUUUAAAUGAGCAUCUACUGUACAAUAGAAUUGCUUUUACAUGUUGUUUUUUUUUAUUAUGACAAUACUAGGUCUUUUGUUUGUUCUUUUUUUUUUUUUUUGAAAGACUGUUGUUUCACUUUUUAAAUAGACGAUUGUUGAAUUGUUUCUUUGAAAAAGAAAAAUGGAUAAUGUUACAGUAAAAGUUUAGUUGUCAAUUAUUUAAGUUUAAUAAUUGAAAAUGGCAAUAACGUGCAUUGUAACAUGAUACAUCUCAUCUAAGCAUAUGGAAAAGUUGAUAUAUAUUGUUUAUUUUGAUACAUGAUAACAUUUUUUUUUAAAAAAAAUUGAAAGCUCAUACCUGUACCUGUACUCUGGCUCAAUGGCUUCAACCAAAUAUAAAAAAUGAA